AUGGUCAUGACGAACAAGUUGGCUAUCUUGCUUGUUGCUCUGAUUCAGUUGGCCCCAGGUGUUUGGAGCAUGAAUUUCACAGAUUGCGGUGAGUUAUGUUGUGACACUGGACUGUGCUCAACUCCGCGACAAUGUAGUAAUGCAUUGAGCUUUUUACACUCGAACUCAGUGGUGUACUUACUAACCGACGUCUCCGUUUCAGGAUCGCAGAUUGGCUCACUGGUUAACGUUGCUAUAAGGAAUUGUGACGCCCAUGUGUGCACGCUGUAUUCGGGAACAGUGGCAUACGUGAUUAUCCAGUUUACUGCAAACAGAGUAAUCGAAAGUGGUCAGACGGCAUACAGCGCGAAACUGGUUGGAUACCCUUUUCGCAUGAGGGUUCGCAAUGACACUCUGUGUGCUUACACACAACCUAGCUGCCCCAUCCAAGCGGACGGGACCGUUUACACUUACACGUAUAGGGGUUAUGUGUCAUCAGUUUUCCCUCGAAGGCAUUCAAUGGAGAUGAGAUGGACACUGUCAUCCAACGAGGAGACUUUGGCUUGUGCGGAGUUUCCGAUAAACGUUGUAAAUCUUUUCGUAGACCCAUAA